AUGUCAGAAAGUAAGGGAGAUGCGCAGCCUCACAAUGAAGCAGAAGCACCACCUACAUCUGCACCAGUAACCAAACCAGUUACAGCCGACGACGACUCGGACCCAGAUUUCGAUGACCUUGAUGGUGAUAUAUUUCGUUCGUGCCUGCUGUAUUCCUUGCGCUUACCUCGCUGUCUCCGUCCAGAUGUGCUCGAUCAGUUCUCUUCUGCUCACGAGCAACCCACACCUCAGCCCAAUGUCCAACCACAACAGCCCACACCUUCCUCGUCGGGGCCCGGAAGACCCUCGUCAUCUGGAACGACCCCGAUGGCUGCACCUUCUCUCAUGACUCCUGAAUCCUCCGAAUCAGAAGAGGCAUUCCUCGCGCGUCUGGCCUUAGAAAUGUCCUCGGUACUAGGGAACCUGAACCCGGAUCCCAGCGCCUCGACCGCAUCAGCCGAGGACAUCUCCACAAUGGGCAAAGAACUGGAAGAAUUCACCAGCACUAUGGAGAAACAAGGCCUGAAGCCCGAGGAUCUACUGAAAGCUAUUCUGGGAGACGACCUACCGACGGAAGCCCCUCCCCCAAGCGCCAUCCCAUCGACAGACUCGAAACCCCAACCCUCCGCGCAGAAUCCCUCAAAAGCCUCCUCCUCCUCCUCCGGCGAAAAAGAGUCCUUCGAUUCAACCAUUCGUCGCACCAUGGAGCGCAUGCAAGCAUCCGACUCCAACGCCACCAACGCCGCCACCAAACCCACCGCCGAGGGCACGACCGGAGAAGAAGAAGACAUGCUCGCCACCCUCCUCAAAGCCCUGGAAACCUCGCGCCGCUGGCACCAGCGACACCACCUCUGCUGGCGACCCCAACUCCGAAGACCCCCUCAGCAAGAUGAGCUCGACUCCAAGUACCCGGAGUGGCUGGCAAAGAAGAAGGGGGAACUACCGGACGAGGAUUACAAGAGAUAUGAAGGACAGAGGGGCGUGGUGAGGGAGAUUGUGGCGAAAUUCGAGGAGAAGGCAUACAGCGAUGAGGAUUCGAGAUGUAGGGAGUUUAUCUGGGAGAGGAUGCAGAAGAUGCAGGCGAUGGGGAGUCCGCCGGAGGAUCUGAUUGCAAAUCCCUUUCCGGGGAUGAUGGGAGGAGGAGGAGGGAGUGGGAAGCAAGACGAUGCUGGAUGUCCGACCCAAUGA